AUCUCUAAGAGAAACCAGGGCUGGCAUCAGCAGCACAUGUCGAAUUUCGGAGUUACCUUUCUGCGUGUUGUUUAUUUUGAAUUGCAAGGAUUUGGACCAUGUCAACGGAGCCAGCGGUUGCCAAGGAUGCGGUGUUGAAGCGCAGUGAAGCUCUGGCGAAGGACACCCCUCAAGUGCGGGGCUACGACUUCAACGAUGGCGUAGACUACAGCAAACUCUUCGAGAGCUACGUAAAUACCGGGUUUCAGGCAACAAAUCUCGGUCUGGCUAUUCGGGAAAUAAACAGAAUGCUGGAUUGCAGGGACCAGCCGCUGGAUGCAGAUCAAGAGGACAGUCAUGAAACCGAUGACUUCAUCCGUCGGAGGAGCAAGUGCACCGUGUUUCUGGGCUUCACAUCCAAUUUGGUAUCAUCGGGCAUGCGGGAGACCAUUCGCUUCCUGGCCGAGCACCGUAUGAUAGACUGCAUUGUGACCACAGCUGGCGGCGUUGAGGAGGAUUUCAUCAAGUGCCUGGCACCCACGUUCAUGGGAUCCUUCGAGUUGAGUGGCAGGGAUCUGCGUGACCGAGGAAUCAACAGGAUUGGCAACUUGUUAGUGCCUAACGACAACUAUUGCAAGUUCGAGGACUGGGUGAUGCCGCUGUUAGACGAGAUGUUGGAGGAGCAGAAAUCCAAAGGAACUGUCUGGUCGCCUUCUAAGAUUAUCCAUCGACUGGGCGAGCGUAUUGGCGAUCCUAGUUCUAUCUACUACUGGGCAGCCAAGAAUCAAAUACCAGUCUUCUGUCCCGCACUGACUGAUGGCAGUCUGGGCGACAUGAUGUACUUCCACUCCUUCCGGCAUCCUGGACUCGUGGUGGACAUCCUGUCAGACUUGCGGAGGCUAAACACCAUGGCCGUGAAGGCUGUCAACAGUGGGAUGAUCAUCGUGGGUGGUGGCGUCAUUAAGCAUCAUAUCUGCAAUGCAAAUCUUAUGCGAAACGGUGCCGAUUUCUCGGUCUUCAUUAAUACCGCCUCGGAGUUCGAUGGCAGCGAUAGUGGCGCCCGGCCGGACGAAGCCAUAUCCUGGGGCAAGAUCCGGAAGGAUGCCACACCCGUUAAAGUCUACGCCGAGGCCAGUUUGGUCUUUCCGUUAAUAGUGGGCGAAACCUUUGCAAAGCGACACCAUUGCUCUGGCAAAGAGUUGCCUCGCGAGACUAACCAAGUGUAAAUAUAUACGAAAAACAAGGACAACGCAA